CGAAAGUCUCCGCCCACUGAUGACACCACAGGCUAACCAGAGUUUCUGCAUUGCAGAAAAAACAACAUCGACUGUCAGAGUGAAAGAAGUAUGAUGAUGGCGGAGGCAUCAGCCUCAGAUCUGUUCUCAGAGCAGGAGUUAACCUGUUCCAUCUGUCUCGAUGUGUUUGAUGAACCUGUCUCCACUCCCUGUGGACACAACUUCUGCCAGGCGUGUAUUGGAGGCUACUGGGCAUCCAGUGCGGUCUGUACCUGUCCGCUCUGUAAACGUCAGUUUGAUGAACGCCCUCAGCUCAGCGUCAACAAAGUCUUCGCUCUCAUAGCAGACAAAUACAAAGAAGCUCAAUAUGACGCAGCAGGGUUACCAAUGCCCGCCAGGAAUGGAACACCGGGGGUGACGGGGGCCAUGACAACAGACACAUCCAGCACCAACCCGUUUAUGCCGUCAUAUGGUGAGGAGGUGGUGUGGUGCGAUAUCUGUACAGGUCUUAAAAAACCUGCUGUCAGCUCCUGUCUCACCUGCACGGCUUCCUACUGCACUGAGCAUGUGCAGCCACAUCAGACCACACCCUUCUAUGCCAAACACCCGCUGUUGGACCCUCAGGAGGCCCUCAGGGGCCGCACAUGCUCGCAACACCACCGCCUGCUGGAGGUGUUCUGUCGGACAUGUCAGCGCUGCAUCUGUGCCAUUUGUGUCCUGGAGGAACAUCGAACACACAAAACCGUUUCUGUCCAAACUGAGAGAGUCAGCAAACAGAAACAUGUAGCGAGGACGGAGCAAGAGAUUCUGAACCGGAUCAAAGAGAAAGAGAUUCAUGUGACUCAGUUGAAGAGGAAACUGCAAGGAGUAAAGAUGUAUGCAGACGGUGAGCGAGGUGAGGUGGAAAACCUCCUGGAUGAAGUGUCAAGCUCAUUGGACAGGAUCCGGUCUCAGGUGGUGGGCGGGAUUGAGAUCCAGCUUGAUGCCAUGAUGUCGAAGGGGGGGGGGCUUGUGGACAGACUGGAGGCAGAGCUAAGCCAGUUAACUGAGAGGAGGGCAACGCUGGAGGUCCAAGCCAUCAGUCAGGACCACAUUGGCUUCCUGCAGAGCUAUGAGAAGGCCACAGCUCCUUUCGCUGAGGACGAGCAGAGGGAAGUGGAUGAAGAUGAGGAGUUUUCCCUCCACUUCCCCCUGGAGGAGGUGAAGAGCUCUCUGUCCGAGGUGAAGGAGAAGAUGGACGACAUUCGGAUGGGGGAGGUUCGGUACAGAGGCAGCAGAGGUUCCUUCUCGUCGGGGGAUCUGAUGGUGGCGGAGAGCAUGCUCAGUCUGAGGGCAAGCAGCGCCAGUUUGAGGAAGAGUCACUGGUCUCUGAAAGAUCAUAAGAAGCACAAAACGGUCUCAGGACACAAGAAGGCUCGAAUCUACAUGGAGGACGUGAUGUUGAACCCGGUGACGGCGUAUCCCUUCCUCAUCCUGUCUGAGGACAGGAAGCAGGUGAAGAGAGGAGAGAAGCUGCAGUUCUACAGAAACAGUCAGCAGCGCUUCGACGUCUGGUCCUGCGUCACCGCUAAAGAAGGGUUCGGCACGGGACGGCACUACUGGGAGGUGUUUGUUGGGGAGAGUAAGGACUGGAAGCUGGGAGUGGUCAGCGAGUCUGCGCAGAGGAAAGGUCUUUUCGACAUGAGUCCGACUAACGGGUACUACGCCAUCUGGUGGAGCGGCAGCCAGAUGCGAGCGCUCACUCCACCUCCUCUUACCAAGGUGAAGAGUCCUCCGAAGCUGCGUCAGGUGGGCGUGUUCCUGGACGUGGAGGAGGGUCAGGUGUCCUUUUAUAACGUGAAGUCUGGCUCCGAGAUCUACAGCUUCAGCGGACCCUCCGAGUUCACCGAGAGGAUGUUUCCUCUGCUGGGCACCGGGGACAAAGAAGUCCCCCUGGUCCUCGGGUCCACUCAGCACCAGCUGGCCUGAAGGACCAGAGGACCAGGCAGAGGGACACAGACGUGGGGGGAUUUGAAAGGGGGUCAGAACCUAAAUGAAGAAGGGAGAGAAAUGGGGGGAGGAGGGAGGAAGACUGACAGACGCACUGGGACAGUGACAGACGAUUGCGGCCAUGUUGGAUGAUACAGUUCUGUAAUGCCGCUGCCAUGACAACAAAUAAUCAAUUUAGUGUCUAAUUAUAAUGAGAAAAAAGUGUCAGUUUUAUAAGAUUGUUUUGAUGUUCUUCAAGAUCAUAUGCAUGUUAUAAUUAGGUCCUUUAAAUGUCAUAACAAAAGUAUCACGCUGUAACGAGAUCUCUUUGAAUCAUUAAGACAGUCUCUGAUCAUUUUCAUGGUUUACUAAGAGACUUUCAAUGUUCCGGCAAGAUUUUCUUUGAUUAAACACCCUCUUUAAAUGCUGUAACAAGACUCUUUCCUACGGAAGCCCUAAGUGGACAAUCAUGCAUUUCAUUUGGCUCCAUAUUCCCGUGAUCAGGAGUCAUUUUCCGGUUGUUUUCUCGAUAUGUUGACUUAUUUUAAUGUGGUUAUAUCAGGACAAUGCAGCUGUUUGCCUGUGAUAACGAGUUCAUUUUUAGGAGAUCUCAAAAGAAAAAAGAGACUGAAAUAAAAAGCUGUUAUCAGGAGGAGACCAGCUUUGUUAUCCAGAGAUAAACAGAUACAUUAGUCAAGAAAAAAAAAACGGGAAUUUACUUUUUGCAGGAAAACAGAGUAAUCUCAAAUGUAUUGAUUUAUGUCCUCUUAGGGCUUCCAUACUUCUCAUGAAUUAGCAAGAUAUUUUUCAAAGUAAAACAAGAGUUUAAAUGUCAUUGCAAGAUCCUGUUGAAGUUAUAAAAAAUGCUGAAUUUAAUGCUUUAACAAGAUCAGGUUGAUAAUCUACCAAGAUUCUGUCACGAUGUAGAGAUCUUUAAAAAAAA